ACUACUACUACUACUGCUGCUACUACUACUACUACUGCUGCUGCUAUCCCCGCCGCCGCCGCCACCGCCGCCGCCGCCACCGCCGCCGCCGCCGCUCCGCCGUUGGCCAAAAGGAUCAUAGCUACGACUAUUUCUACGACAGCUGCUACUACUACUACUACUACUACUGCUGCUACUGGUUACGUGAAUGUGGUGGGCGCGGUGAUAGGGGGGGGCUGCACCGUGGCGCCGCCCCCCCACCCCUCCCCCCAGCUUCGCCCCCCGUGGUCCUCCCCCCCUUUGGAUGGCGUAACUCUUCUCUCCAUGGUGGCCGUGACAGCACCCUCCGCCAACACCACCACCACCACCACCACCACCGCCACCACCAGCACCACCACGCCCCCAGGUCCGCCCGUCACCACGCCCAUGGCCGGCUUAGUGCCCAGCCACGCCGUGCUUGCCCAGUACCAGGCGCUGUGUGUCCAACAGAAAGACGCGGCUUUGGCGGGAGCGCUGCCCCCUGUGAUAGCAAGUGGGGGUCAGCUGAUGGCCCCCUUGCACCCUCCUACCAUCACCCCCCUCCCCCAGGCAGUGCCCCAGGGGGAAGCACAGACACCCCAGGUCCCGCCCCCCGUGCUAAGUGAUCACGGGGCGGCUGGAGGAGCACCGCCCACGAAAUCCGUACCACCCACCCCAUGCACCCCCACCCCCACGACCUCCGGCUACCCCCAGGGCCCCACGAUCUCCGGACCAACGCCCCCAAGAUCUCAGAACAAACUCCCAUUCCGCCCCCCUCUCGUCCCCUGCCUUCACCUCCACCCCACCCUCCCCCACCCACCCACACUCCCUCUCUCAGUGCCUAUGAAGACCCCCCACGCCCAGGUGUGGCAGGAGGGGGGGAAGGAGGAGGAAGAGGAGGAGGAGAAGGAGGAGGAGGAGGAAGAGGAGGAGGAGGAACAAGAGGAGGAGGAAGAGGUGCAGGAGGCGACGGAGGAAGAGAAGGAAGAAACAGGGAACAAUUUUACGCCCACGCACUCAUGCCCACGCACACCCACAGGGGAGCCACGCCACGCCUUCCCGCCCAUUGUGGCCCUCACCAACCUGAUGCCGCCCGCCGCCCACACACACCACGCCCGCGCCCCGCCCCGCCGCCCUCCGCCCCGCACUGAAGACAAGGCCGCCCCCGCCCAGACCGCCGCCCACGGAGCAGGAGGAGGAGGAGGGGGAGGAGGAGGAGGAGGAGGAGGAGGAGGAGGAGGAGGAGGGGCCAGUACCCAGGGGGGCGCCAUCCCCGUGGGCAUAGCAGUAGCGAGACAGCGGCAGGACCCCCCUAGACCGCCUGAUGACCCUGGGGGAGUGGGGAGGGGGGGUGCCAGCUCGCCCCCCACCGCCCUCCCCGCACACUGGCCCCUCCCCCCCACCCCAUGCACCCCCGGCCUCCCCGCUACCCCCUUCUGGCAAUUUACAGGCAUGGGCGUGGACACAAGUGUUGGGUUAGGUUAUCAGUUCGCCCGUGACAGACUUACUGGCCCAAUCUAUCUCCUUCCUCACGCCCAGCCCAUCCCAGAGCCUGGCGGCCACGGGUUGGUGUGGACGGGUUACGGCGCGGCGCCCUCCGUGGUGCUGCCGCCCCAGCAGUUGCUGCUUCCCCCUGAGGCGCACUACCGCGCCCUGCACGCCGCCCACCCCCACGCCCUGCUGCAUCUGCCCCAUGCCCACGCCCACGCCGCGCCCAUUAAGAGGGAGGACCCGCCCCAGGCGCUGCCUUCCUCCGAGGAGGAUCCCAAGGGACGGGCUGUGGGUGUGGGGGGGGCGGCGGCGGGCGGCGCCACGCCCGGGGCGGCGGUGACGCUGCCACAGCUGGGGCCGCCCUUCCUUUACCAGACCGCGCCCUACUAUCUGUCCCAGGCCCCGCCCCACGUGCCCUUCCCCCUUCCCGCCUUCCCCCACCCCGCACAGCGUGGUGCCGCGCCCCCAGACCUACAGCCACCCUGUCCCGGCCUGCCGGACCUGCCCGUCUCCAGGGGGUGCGGCUCCCCAGAGGCGCUGAUCAGCGUCACGCCCCCGGUGGAGGAGGCGCCGGUGGUGCCGCCCACUCUGCCGCCAGGCCUGGCGCCCACCGUGGCCCUCACCAUCAAGCAAGAGAUCAAGGAGGAGGCGCCCUCACCCGCGGGACCGACCCGUGAGGACGCCUGCACCCCGGGGGUGCCGCCCGCCCCCUCGCCUCCCGCGCCGCUCCCGCCCCAGCCCUCGCCGGUUAAGCGGGAGGGGGUCGGGGGGUGCGCCAGUUCCACCUACCUCCCUCCCUCCUCCCGCCCCGCGAGGCUCCGUCCCCCGGGGCCCCGCACCUCCACACCCGCCAAGGCUGCCACGCCCCGACCAGCCCCCGCCACGCCGCCUGGAAGGGACUGUCCCAUGCCGCAGCCUCGCCUGGGGGCACCCUCCCCGUCCCCGCCGUCCCUGUGCCCUGAGGCAGCACCCACACAAGACACGCGCUCCCCGCCCCGCUGCUGUGCCGCCCCGCCCCCACUCACCCCUGCCUGCCCCAGCCAGACGACGGGACAAGACUCCCCCUCCCCUUGCCGGCUGUGCCCCGCGAGACGGCGCUGCCUCACGCCCCCGCCUUGUCUAAGCCCCCCACAGCAGGCCCCCCACACCCCCGAGGCCAGCACGCCCCAGCGCCGCACCGCCAGCCCUCCCGUCUCCCCCGCGCUGGACCUCAGUGGCCUGGAGCUGCUGUCCCGCAGCGCCGCGCAGCACGCCCGCGCCCUGCCGCCCCGCGGGGACGUCACGCCACCUUCGUCCCGCCUGCACCAUCCCGCCGCGCCCAUCACACCACCUGCGGCGCCCGCUCUCUCCCCGCCCUCCCCCGCCCCUGCCUUCAGCCCCCCGUCCCCUGCCCCUGAACUGAGCCCCGCCUCGCCGGUGUGCCCCGCCAGCCCCCACAGUCCUCCCAGCCCCGCCAGUCCUCCGCGCAGCCCCAGCCCCGCGCGGACUCCCAGCCCCCACAUGACGGGCCUGCACGGCCUCAGCCUUCUGUGUGCCUUAGCCGCGCAGCGCAUCCUGGAGGAGGAGGAGGGGCGCGCCGCGCCCCCACGGCCACCCACGCCUCUCUCGCCUCUCUCCUCCCUGGCCGCCGUGGCCGCCACCUCCCCCAGCGUGCCCACAUCAGCCGCGCCGCGCCCCGCCACGCCUCCGCCGCCCCAACUUGCGCCGCCCGGCCCUCCCCCACUCUUCGGCGCGCUCCCAUCCCUGCUCCCGCCCGCCCACGUCCCUAUCACCACUUUCGCCCACACGCCCACGCCGCCCGCCUUCACCGUGCCCGCCUCCACGGCGCCCCCUGCCCCACCCACCACGCCCGCCACGCCCGUGAAGGCCGCUGACCACAGCCGCAGCUACAAGAGUCCCCAGAGCGAGCGUGAGGCCAAGGCCUUCAUCGCCACACGCGCCGCGCAGCACCAGCGCGAGGCAUGUGCUGCACGGGGCGGGGGGCUGGGGGGCGCGGCGGGGCUGGCGGCGGAGGCGAUGGACCCCGCGGAGCUGGACAUGCGGCUGCGUCUGGCGGAGCUGCAGCGCCGAUACCGUGAGAAGCAGCGGGAGCUCUCCCGCCUGCAGCCGCGCCGUCCUGCCCCGGGACCCACCCCGCCCCGCAGGGGCCCCGGCAGACCCCGCAAGAGACGCACGCACAAGCCCCGCCCCACCACCCCGCGCCGCAAGGUUGGCCGCCCGCGGGGCAAGAAGUCCCCCCAGAAGGAGCUGUCACCCCCCGUGCUGGAGCGCGUCACGGAGGCCCCGGCCGGGCACGUCGCAGCGGGGCGCGUCGGCUCCAUCCUCAAGCCCCCGGUGCUCACCGCCACCUUCACCGCCACGCCGCCCACGCCCGCUCCCUCCGUCCCCAACGCCAGCCCUGUCGCGCCCCAACCCGCGGGACGCGACGACUCCUGCGACGAGGGCGCGGCGGCCACACACUCCGGGGCGCGGCGGUGGUCGUGCUCCUCUGAGGACGCCCCACCCCCCUCCCUGGGCCCGCCCUUCCAGUGCACCGUGGCGACACACCAGGACGCCCCGCUCCACACUCCAGAGGACGCCCCCGAGGAGGCCCCCGAGGAAUGCCCUGAAGAAGCCCACGAGGAGGCCCCCGAGGAAACCCCGGAAGACACCCCAGAGGAACCCCCCGAAGCCCCGGAGCCCCGCGCCGAGGAGAGCGAGGAGGAAGCCUGCCCGCGGCGCGGCGCGGACACUCCGGCAGUGGAGUCCUCCCCGUCAGACCCCGAGGCGGCGGCGGCGGGCGCCUCGGCGUCCAAGAAGCGUAAGCCGGGGCGGCCCAAGAAGCACUCCCCCACCAAGGAGGACGCCACGGAGACCAUCGUGGCCAAGAAACCCAAAGCCAUCACGCUCCACCUCCUGGCAGGCGCCGCAAAGCCCAAGCCGCGCCCCACGCUGCGCCCAGAGCUCAAGGUACGCGAGGCUGCCCAGGAGGACGAGGAGGCCACCCCGCACCCCCACUACCCCCUCCAGAACACCCCAGACCACCACCACCACCACCACCACCAUCACCACCACCACCACUCCAACGGCGACACCCAAGACGAAGAGGACAAGAGGAAGACUAGCCCAGUGUCCCCUGUGGGUGUUGUGAACGGAGGCGUGGGUGGCGCGUCCCUUGGCGUGGGCGUGGGAGGAGGCGGCGGGGGCGUGGGGAGAGGGGGCGUGCAGGCGCGGAAGAGAGUCGGAGUAAGAGUGCGCGGCUCUCUGACACGCCGCGCCAUGCUGAGAGACAAGGAGAAGAGGAAAAACGCGGCAGAGAAACAGUCAACGAUGGAAGCCUUGUAUAGGUCGCUGAAGAAACACUCCACCUUGGCGGCAGCUGAACACGACGAAUCAGAGGAGGAAAAGGAAAAGGAAGACGAAAAAGAGGAAAAAGAAACGACGGAGGAAAAUUCUCUCUCCAUUCCAGUGUUGCCAAAAAUGUUCAGCGCUGAGGGAAAUACAGGGUUACCAACGGAAGAUGCUACUACUACUACUACUACUACUACUACUACUGCUACUACUACUGUUGCUACUACCACUACUACUCCUGCUGUUAAUGACGGGGAGAGUGCAGUUAGGAGCCAUUCCCCACCACUCUCACCUCUGUUUGAUAGUGUGUCGACUAUUGGUGCUACUGUUACUACUACUACUGCUACUACUACUACUACUCCUGCUACCACUACUGCUACUACUACCACCCCCGCGGUUACUAAUGCUACUACCGUCCCUCUCACUACCACUACUACUGCUAUUGCUCACACUACGCUGCCUACUACCACUACUACUACUACUACUGACACUACUACUACUACUCCUACUACUACUGCUACUACUACUAUUCCAUCUUGUACCAACACGACAACCACCACGCCUGUUACUACCACGGCAGCUACUACUACUACAACUACCACGACGACUACUACUACUACUACAGCCUCGUCUACCACCACCACCACAACCACCACCACCACGGAUGCCCCGAAGCAUGUCAUACAAUCUCCAGAGCCCAGUGUGUGCGUGAUGGAGUUGUGUGACUUGGUGGACAAGGCGCGGGUGUUGGUGCUUCAAGAUGGCCUCCUGUACGCCGGCUGUGUGGUGCCUAUUACUCCUCCUGAUGUGUAUGGGGUGGUGAUGGAUGGGGAGAGGGGAUCCAGGCCCCAUAUAUACUGCAGGGAGGAACUUUUGGAGCAGUCGUGGAAGGAAGUGAAGCCAGGCACAACACGGUUUCUGGCGGAAGGAACGAGAGUCUGCGCCUUCUGGUCACAACAAUACCGCGCCCUCUACCCAGGCUCCAUCGCCCCCUCCACCUCCCCAGCACACGAGGCAAGCCAUAACUUUGUCAAUGUGGAGUUUGAUGAUGGCGAUGCUGGGAAGAUCCACGUGGACGACAUCAGGUUACUUCCGCCCGAAUUCCCAGUACAUGAAUACGACCCAAACCCUUUAAUGAGCCUAAAUCGAAGAAAACGGAGGCCAACGAACGAAAACGAGACGCGGGAAAGGAAGAGAAAGAAAACGGGAGAGGAGGAGGAGAAGGAAGAGGAGAAGGAGGAGGAGAAGAAGAAACGGAAGAAGAGGAAGAAGAAGAAGAAGGAGACAUCAGAGGAGGACACGGAAGAAGAGGAGGAAGAGGAGGAGGAGGAGGAGGAAGAGGUCACUCUCCCCGCCCCUGCCCCUCACCCCAACCCCACCCCUCCACCCCCACGCCGCCCCUCCCCAGCCCUUCGCCACAAGAAGAACCCCCCUCUGGUCUUCUGGGGGGGCAGUGGGGAGCAACUACCCCCUACCAGGAGGAAGAGGAGGGGUGAGGGGGGCGGCGGCUCCUCUCCCCCCACUACCCCCACCACCCCCACGACCUCGGAGGGUGAGACGGAGGGGGGGAGUGACUGUGACUAUUCGCCCAAGAAGGAAGGGGCGAAAGGUGGAGGAACUAGGAGGAAAAAACGACACCCAUCUGGAAAGUCAAAGAUCGCGCCAUUCCUACCUGAGAGACACUUGUGGAGGUGGUAUGGCAAGGGUUUCAAAAGGCCAGGAGCAAAAGGCAAAGGAAGAAAGGAAUAUUUUAAGGCCAUUGUGAGAGGCAAAGAGAUGAUCAAGGUUGAGGACUGCGCCGUGUUUCUAUCCGCGGGGCAGCCAGACCAGCCGUAUAUAGGGCGGAUCGAGCACAUGUGGCAGAGCUGGGGCGGAAACAUGGUGGUGAAGGUAAAAUGGUUCUAUCACCCCCAGGAGACGAAGGGACUGGGAAAGAGACUCACUGAACCCAGGGGCGCUCUCUUCCAGUCUCCACACACCGACGAGAACGACGUGCAGACUAUUAGCCACAAAUGUGAGGUUAUAGCUUUGUCAGACUACAGACAGAGGAGGAGGGAGAUGGAAAACAGGUUUGGCCCGGGACAGGAGCAGGACGACCUGUACUACCUGGCUGGCUCUUACGACCCCACCAGUGGUCAUAUUACAAUGGAACCUGGCGUGUCUUGAACUGUGUGUGUGUCUGUCUGUCUGUCUGUGUGUGUGUGUGUGUGUGUGUGUGUGUGUGUGUGUGUGUGUGUGUGUGUGUGUGUGUGUGUGGUGAAGCAAGAAAGACAAGAAGAUAG